AUGGGCCUAGUGUUUUUGAAGGAUGUCUGUCUUUUUUUGUUUCAUGUAAAUCGUGUACCCAAUCUGGCUCUAGCAAGCAACACAUUCCAGUCCUCAACAAGUCAUAAUGGUUAUGCGUCCAAGGCCAUCGAUGGGCGACGCAAUUCCAACUACGGUGACGGGUUUUGUACCCACACUAGCCUCGAGACAAACCCAUGGUGGAGGUUGGACCUGCGAGAAACACACGCAGUCACAUCUGUCAAAGUAACCAAUAGAGGAGACUGCUGCGCUCAGAGGCUGGAUGGAGCCGAGAUCCGAAUCGGGAACUCGGCAGAGAACAACGGAAAUGACAACCCCAAGUGUGCUUCCAUCUCCCACAUCGGGGCGGGUAAAACGGUCACAUUUUACUGCGAGGGAGGCAGCGUGAUGGGUCGCUUUGUAAACGUGAUUAUCCCUGGACCGAUGAAGAGUCUCACUCUGUGUGAAGUGGAGGUGUAUGCCGCUCCUGCAGGUACAACUGUCACUGACUUGCCUUUUUUGUUUGGUUUGUUCCAAAAAUUCCUAUAA